AUGUCUGCCGCACAAAACAUCCCCACUCGCAACCGCGACGGCGCUUCUGCUGUCACAAACAGCUUCGACCCCUCUACCAGCCCUACUGCCACUUUCACCUCGCCGUCGAACAGCUUCAGUCACCGCGCUUCUCAGUCCUCUUCAACCAAGCAGCUGAAGCCUUUCAACACCCAGGAUGUCAAGGUCCUGCUGCUCGAGAACAUCAACGUCACUGGCCAGGACAUUCUGAGACAACAGGGCUAUCAGGUCGAGGCUCUCAAGUCCUCGCUGCCCGAGGAUCAGCUCAUUGAGAAGAUCAAGGAUGUCCACGUCAUUGGUAUCCGCUCAAAGACAAAGUUGACUGCAAAGGUCCUUGAACACGCAAAGAACCUCAUCGUCAUUGGCUGCUUCUGCAUUGGUACCAACCAGGUCGAUCUCACCGCUGCCGCCAACGCUGGUAUUGCCGUCUUCAACUCACCCUUCUCAAACUCUCGUUCCGUCGCCGAGCUCGUCAUUUCCGAGAUCAUUGCCCUUGCCAGACAAUUGGCCGACCGCAGCAUGGAGCUUCACAAGGGUAUCUGGAACAAGGUCUCUGCUGGCUGCUGGGAGGUUCGUGGAAAGACUCUGGGUAUCGUCGGCUACGGUCACAUCGGAAACCAGCUCUCCGUCCUGGCUGAGGCCAUGGGUAUGAGCGUCAUUUACUACGACGUUGUCAACCUCAUGAGCAUGGGUACCGCCAAGCAGGUGCCCACCCUGAAGGCUCUCCUCGAGGGCGCUGACUUUGUCACCCUCCACGUUCCUGAAAUUCCCGAGACCCAGAACAUGAUCAGCACCGAGCAAUUCGGCUACAUGCGCAAGGGUAGCUACCUAAUCAACGCCUCAAGAGGUACCGUUGUCGACAUUCCCGCUCUUGUCGAGGCCAUGAGAAGUGGAAAGAUCGCUGGUGCCGCCAUCGACGUCUACCCCAACGAGCCCGCUGGUAACGGUGACUACUUCAACAAGGAGCUCAACACUUGGGCUGAAGACCUCAGAAGCCUCAAGAACUUGAUCCUCACUCCCCACAUCGGUGGUAGCACCGAGGAGGCUCAGAGCGCCAUUGGUGUCGAGGUCGCCGACGCACUCGCCAAGUACGUCAACGAGGGUUCCACCGUCGGUGCCGUCAACAUGCCCGAAGUCAACCUCCGCAGUUUGACCGCCGACGAGCCCAACCACGUCCGUAUCAUUUACAUUCACAAGAACGUCCCUGGCGUCUUGAGACGUGUCAACGAAGUCCUCGGCGAGCACAACGUCGACAAGCAAAUGACCGACUCAAGAGGCGACGUGGCAUACCUCAUGGCUGACAUUAGCAAUGUCAACCAAAGAGAUAUUGCCAGCCUUUACAACAGUCUCGAGGACCUGGGCUCGCGUGUUAGAACCAGAGUCUUGUACUAG